GAGGCUGAGCAUGUGCCUGGGCUGAGAUGGUAUUUACAGAACGUCACAUACCUGGAGGUGCCACUCUGAGGACCCCAGACCGCACCGGAGCAUCUUCCUUUCUUUAGAAGCUGACCUCUGACCCGGGAGCAGCCAGCAUCUAGGUCUCCCAACCCCCGCCCUGGACUCAGAGUCCCCCCUCCACCAGUGAGUCUUGGCUCUGCUUAUAGCAUCUGACGCCAGAGGGUCUGAAAAUAGUCCCUGGGAGAGGGGGAGCAGUGGGAGAAGGGGGCUAUUUAAAGGGCUCCGGAGGAGCCAGGCGUAGCAGAGGGAGCAAGAAGGGAUCAUGGCCACUUCAGAGCUGAGCUGCCAAGUGUCUGAGGAGAACCAGGAACGCCGGGAAGCCUUUUGGGCUGAAUGGAAAGAUUUGACUCUGUCCACCAGGCCAGAAGAGGGAUGCUCCCUGCAUGAGGAGGAUAUGCAGAGACAUGAGACCUACCACAGACAGGGACAGUGUCAGGCCGUGGUGCAACGCUCGCCCUGGCUGGUGAUGCGCCUGGGCAUCCUAGGCCGUGGGCUGCAGGAAUACCAGCUGCCGUACCAGCGGGUGCUGCCGCUGCCCAUCUUCACCCCCACCAAGGUGGGAGCUGCCAAGGAGGAGCGCGAGGAGACCCCCAUCCAGCUGCGGGAGCUGUUGGCACUGGAGACGGCCCUGGGCGGCCAGUGCGUGGAGCGCCAGGACGUGGCUGAGAUCACCAAGCAGCUUCCCCCCGUGGUACCUGUCAGCAAACCCGGGCCCCUGCGGCGUACUCUGUCCAGAUCCAUGUCUCAGGAAGCUCAGAGAGGCUGAGACGAACUGUGACUCAGGCUCCACCGUGUCUGCCUUGGGCUGGGCCCUUCCUGGCUAGGACCAUGGAGGAGAGCUGCUUGCUGGCCAUGGCCGCUUUGUAGUUUGCCCAGAGGUGGGGGCUAUGGGAGGAGGGAGCCAGAGGCCAGGAUGCCUAGGUGUCCUGAGUUCCCAAAGGAAGGGGAGCAAAGAUGGUGGACCCUAGAUGUGGAGAGCUGAGUACCCUCAGCCCCAGAAGAAGGAACAAGAGAUACUGACGAGGGCGAGAGGCCCCUGGAAACAGUGACCUGUUCAGUUACAGAAGCGGAGUAGGACAAAAGGGUGAUCCGGAACGCUCUGGGAAGGAAUCUUGAAGACUAGAGGGAGGGGGAUGUGAAGAGGGCAGGAGCAGGGCAGGCCCCCAGCACCCUCUGUUAGCACUGCAAUAAAUGCUCAACCAUG